GGGCGCAGGCGCACUUGCGGCUUCGCGUCCGCCGCGACCCGGGUGGAAGUUCCCCAGUGGAGGCGGAAACAGACAGUCUUGUGGAUGGCCCCGCUACCGGGGGCAGAGCUGGUCCAGAGGCCGCUGCAGCUCUACCGAUACCUGCUGCGCUGUUGCCGGCAGCUGCCCACCAAGGGCAUCCAGGAGCACUACAAACAUGCCAUCAGGCAGGUGGGAGCAGGGUACGCUGCACCUAGGGCAGGUGGGGGGUGCUUUCUCUACUAG